ACUGGCAUCAACAAGACCACCAUUUCCACUACGGCACCACCUUCCCCAACUGCAUCAUAUUAGAUAGAGAAGCAAAGCUUAGAGAGAGAAGAAAGUUGAAAGAUUGGUGGGUUUAUUUUUGUAUUCUUGCUCUGUUCCUGCUCUUUGAACAAAUCUGAUUUAUUAUUCUUUGAGUGAUUUGCUUUUGCUGUUAAUGUUAUCUUCUUGGGUUGAUUGGUGUUAGAUUCAAGUAUCAAAAAGUGGGUUGUUAUUAGAUUUGAUAUUGAAUCAAAUCAAUAAAAGAUUUGGCUCUCUAUCUUGCUCUGUUUCUGAACCUGCUUUGUGUACAUGCUACUUUUGUGUUACAAGCUCCUAGUGGGUUUUUGGUGUUCUUCUGUUUGAUUUAUUAGAAGCUGCUUUGAUUCUCUGGCCGACCACGUACUUUCUCGGAAAAUUCUUUUUUGAUUUCUAUAGCUUUUGGGUUUCUCGAGGUUAAAGCAAUGGAGUCAGAUCUUCGGUACCAGCAUCCCCAACUACCCGAUUAUCAGCCCCAAAUCCAUCAGAAACAGAUGAGUUCAGGCUUGACGCGUUAUCAAUCUGCUCCAAGCACAUAUUUUUCUGGUUUCAUAGACGAGAUUCUCAAUAGACCUUCAAGUCCCGAAACAGAGCGAAUCUUCGCGAGGUUCUUGUCCAGCACCGACAAUAACACAGACAACGACACAUCAGAUCAAAAUCAAAAUAAAAGUGUUCAUUCAAUCAAGCGAGAAUCUCCAAAUGAAGCUGUGAAGGAAUUGGAGCAGCAAACACAGUUUAUGGAGUCGAUGAGUAACAAAGCAGUAGCGAUGAUUGAACCACACCAGCACCAACAGAGCAAUUAUUCCCCUACCUCACAGGGUUUCUAUCAGAGUCAAUCAAGACCACCCUUACCGGAUCCGAAUCCGCGUUAUCGGGGCAUGGAUCCGAGGGGAAUAGAUCGGUUUCCACCGAUGGAGGUGGCCAGAGCGGGUAAUUCGAACCUUAUUCGACACAGCAGCUCUCCUGCAGGACUAUUCGCCGAUAUAAACAUCGAAAAUGGCCAAAUGUCAGGCUAUGCUGUAAUGAGAGGCAUGGGAGAUUAUGGAGGAGGUAAUAAUAACAGUAAUAGAGAAGCAUCUUUUUCUUCUGCAAGCAAGCCACCAACUUCUUCUGGGCUGAUGAGUGAAUUGAGGAACAAAAGCAUGAGACCAAAUAGCCCUGACAGUACUGGUGGUUUUGCUGAAAGUCGUAAUAAUACCAAUUAUGUCACUGGUUACCCAGUUGGUUCUUGGGAUGACUCCGCCGUUAGGUCUGAAAACAUUGGCGGUGUGAAAGGUCUUAGAGAUGAAGAUCGGACACUUUCCGGACCAAUUGCAUCUGAGGCUCAGAAUGCUGAUAAUCUGCCUCCUCCUCUGUUAUCUCAUCACUUGAGUUUGCCAAAAUCUUCCAUCGAAAAGUUAUUGCAGCUCCAAGAUUCUGUGCCUUGCAAGAUUCGAGCCAAACGUGGUUGUGCUACUCACCCAAGAAGCAUUGCUGAAAGGGUGAGAAGAACAAAAAUCAGCGAGCGAAUGAGGAAUCUACAAGAUCUUGUGCCUAACAUGGAUAAGCAAACGAACACGGCAGACAUGCUGGAUCUCGCUGUUGACUACAUUAAAGACCUUCAAAGACAAGUCAAUGUGCUUACGGACAAUCGCGCUAAGUGUACUUGUUCGCACAAGCAGCAGCAAUGACACAAGAUCCAUGGUUUUUGCUUAGAUUAUGUAUAGAGUCAUCAAAUAAGGAGUUGCAAAGGUAGAUAUAUAGCAUAGCUGAGUUUCUCUCUUCUACAUUGAUUGUGUCAGAUCGUCUGUGUGUCCAUUGAUGCCAUAAUUAUUAGUAAGUUAGCUGUCUAAUAGUGACUGAUUUCAGUAGUUGUACAUAUGUUCCCGUUGUAGACGUGGUGCUUGGCCUAAAACAAACUUGGUUGGGACUUGCGAGAGGGGGACUGGAUGGUGCAGAUCUUCCUUACAUAUUUUUUUAUUUUUGACCUUUGCUGUCCAUUCAGCGAGUACUAAUGGGGCCUCUCCUUAUUGUUAUAAUUGACAGGUUUGAAAUAGGUAAGCAACAUAAGACAUCUGUGCGAUAAUAAGGUCAAAAGUUUGCUAACUUUGAGAAGGGUUUGCGGCAA